CAAAUCACAUGACUGACAGACGAGCUCAUAUGACCACAGCGAACUUCAAGCUGCGAAGUCAAACCAUUGGACAUGUAGAGAUUGUGCCGUGAGGGCGACUACAAUGAUUACUUUAUUCUCUAGAAUUGCAUGGGUAUUAUCGUAUGUCUGGUGUUGUUACAGCGAGAGCUAUGUAUUGGACGAUAAAAUUGGGUUGGGAAGACAAUUCGACGGCAUCGGUGGGCUAAGCGGCGGUGGGGCAACUUCUCGACUUCUUGUAAAUUACGCAGAGCCGUAUAGAAGCCAAAUAUUGGACUACCUAUUCAAGCCGAACUUUGGAGCAUCGUUACAAAUUCUGAAGGUGGAAAUUGGAGGUGAUGCACAGACAACAGAUGGUACAGAACCUUCUCAUAUGCACUACGAGAAUGAUGAGAACUACUUCCGCGGCUACGAAUGGUGGCUCAUGAAAGAAGCCAAGCAAAGGAACCCGAACAUCACACUUAUUGGUUUGCCCUGGGCUUUUCCUGGUUGGGUUGGACAUGGGAAGAACUGGCCAUAUGAUUUCCCAGAUAUCACAGUCUAUUAUGUUGUAUCUUGGAUCAUUGGGGCUAAACAGUACCAUGACCUGGACAUCGAUUAUAUUGGGAUAUGGAAUGAAAGGAAAUUUGACAGCACAUACAUAAAGCUCCUGCGAUACACCUUGGAUAAGAGUGGUUUGGAAAGGGUUAAAAUCAUAGCCAGCGAUAACCUGUGGCAGCCCAUAUCCGUUUUCAUCCUACUCGAUCCAGAACUUCGAAAUGCAGUUGAAGUUAUUGGGGCACAUUAUCCAGGGACCAACACAGUGGCGGAUGCAUUGAAGACUGAGAAAAAGCUUUGGUCUUCGGAGGACUACAGCACUUACAAUAAUGACGUUGGUGGGGGCUGCUGGGCCCGCAUUCUCAACCAGAACUAUGUCAAUGGCCGGAUGACAGCCACCAUAUCCUGGAACCUGAUUGCCAGUUACUAUGAGCAACUUUCAUUUGGAAGAAAUGGGCUUAUGACAGCUGAGGAACCCUGGAGUGGGAACUAUGUGGUUGAAUCUCCAAUAUGGAUUGCUGCACACACCACCCAGUUUUGCAAGCCUGGGUGGACCUAUCUACAGACUGUAGGGCACCUGUCCCAUGGCGGAAGCUACGUCGCCCUUACAGAUGGAAAAGGAAACCUCACAGUCGUCAUAGAAACCAUGAUGCAUGAUCACUCAAUCUGUGUAAGACCUCCUUUGCCACACUUCAAUGUCUCUUCCCAGAAUGCAACAUUCCAGCUGAAGGGAUCCUUUGGAUCUCUCUCUGAGCUCCAAGUGUGGCAGUCCAAGUUUGAUUUCAAAACUAAAAAUUCCAUUUUGUUCAAGCAACUCAGUCCUUUGAAGAUUUCUGAUGGGACCUUCAACUUGAACCUGGAACCUGAUGAGGUUUACACAUUAACUACCAUAACUACAGGCCAAAAAGGAAGCCAUCCAGCACCACCGGAUUCCACCCCCUUCCCUAAAACAUACAAGGAUGACUUCAAUGUCCGUAACCCCUAUUUCACAGAGGCACCUUACUUCGCUGACCAGACAGGCGUGUUUGAGUACUUUAUCAACCUAACGGACCCAGGGCCACACGUGUUCACGCUGCGCCAAGUGGUGACGCAGCGGCCCGUCACCUGGGCCUCUGACGCCGACCAGACCAUCAGCAUCAUCGGUGACCACAGCUGGCAGAACCUGACGGUGACCUGUGAUAUUUACAUUGAAACAGAGAAGAUUGGAGGAGUCUUCAUUGCUGCACGAGUGGAUAAAGGAGGAGAGUCUAUUAGGAAUGCCAAGGGAGUCUUUUACUGGGUGUACGCAAACGGCACCUACAAGGUUACCAGUGACAUCAGUGGCCAAAUUGUGCUGGCAGAAGGCUUGUCUGGAACAAGAGCAGGUGUCUGGCACACAUUAACUCUCACCAUUAAGGGCCAGUAUGCCUCUGGGAUGCUGGACGGAUAUCCCUUGUGGAAGAAUGCAGUCAUCUUAGGACCUCCGCAUGGCUGGGCGGCCAUUGGCACCCAAUCAUUUGAACUGGCUCAGUUUGAUAAUUUUGUAAUAGAGGCAGAAUGAUUGAAGGCUAUCAUGGAACUGUUAAAUCUCUGGGCAUAUUUGAGGCCUCAUGACCUUUGUAUGCACUUAAUUUUUUUCACCCUUGUUUCUUAAAUAUCUUUAUGGACAUAAUACUAUUCAUUUGGUGUAGGUGGUGUGGCUUUUUAACCAAAGAUUGUCUUGAGGCAUUUCUCUGUCUGAAGUAGAUACAUUUUUCUUAAGUUGUUUAUCAGACUAAAAUUACUUCGCAAACCAAUUACCUGAAAGACCACCAAUAUAGUUUUAAAAGUUAUAAAAUGGUAAACAGUGAUGACAUUGAUACAUGUGCUCGUACUAUACAUUUAAAAUAAUUAUUCUGUGCCUCCUUUUUUUCUUCAAAUGAAUUCCACAGGUGUGUUUGUCUUUAAGUGCUGCCUUACAUGUAAUUUCUGAAUGUGUUAGAAAAGGGGUGAUGUUUUUGUGAAGAAACUUGCAUUACUUCUGCUUUGUAAUUUGUCAAAGGAUUACCAAAGGGCUAAUGUAUUUUUUUUUUUAUUACUUUGAACACGUUAUGCACUUUGAAAUAAUUUGAAUACUCCACAAUGCCAUGCAGUUGACUUUUCUACACUGAGUUUCGUGUAAAAAUACAAUCAACAGUUUACAGGUUGAAAGUGAAAUGUUAACUUCCUGAAUGUGAUAAUACAACUGAUUUUGCGAGCAACAGUGUGAUAAUUGACAAAAUAAAUUUUUAAAAAGCA